UCCAAUAUUUUCUUUGGCCCAAUUGAAAGCCCAAUAAAGUUUUUACAAGCUUCUCUCGUUCUCCAUCUUCUUCUCACCCACCACUCUUUUUGCCGUCAGUUGAUUAUAACGUUUUUUUCUUCUCACCGAUUUAGGUUUCUGAACAAAACGCAACAUGCAGGCGAGCGAUAGGUUUAACAUCAACUCCCAGCUUGAGCAUCUUCAAGCUAAAUACGUUGGAACUGGCCAUGCUGAUAUGAACAGAUUUGAAUGGGCAGUGAACAUUCAGCGUGAUAGCUAUGCUUCAUAUAUUGGGCAUUACCCUUUGCUUUCCUACUUUUCUAUUGCUGAAAAUGAAUCUAUUGGUAGACAACGCUACACUUUUAUGCAGAAAAUGCUCCUGCCUUGCGGUCUGCCUCCCGAAAGAGAAGAAGACUAGAAUUAUCAUUAGUCUGCCUCCCGAAAGAGAAGAAGACUAUAAUUAUGGUUGGGAUUACAAAAGGAUCAUCAUGGCAUGGGAGAAUUUAAAGGCUUUUGGCUGUUUGUGGUACUAUAUAAUCUAAUUGAAGAAACAGAAGUUGUGUUUGUUUAGAGAUUGAUCAAUCAUUUUUCUUCAAUCUUCACUUUGUAGUUGGUUAAGUUUGGCUGUUAUUAUGGUAUGGAGGCUCUGGUACAAUAUGUCUAUAAUUUGAACCUUCUUGUUUAUUAAAUGAUCUUUUGUAUUC